CAGCGUAUCCAACCCUAGCACAAUGCCCCGUCUCCUCUCUCCUCUUUCUCUCCCUGCCGCCGCCGCAGGCCACACCACACUACCACAGUGCUUGCUGCGCGCGCCUCCUUGCUCGGUGCUCGCCGCCGUCGCUGGAGCACGGAGUACCGCACGAGCUCGCCGCAAGCAGCCAGGUGGGGGAAGCGAGAGCUGCAACAUUGGCCAUUGCGCCAUCCGCCACCAUACUGCUUCUCCACUCCCUAUGAUGGACCUAGCCGCAUCUCCUCCUGAAGCUGGCGUCGAGUUCACAUGGUGGAUCCACUAGGUGCUGCCCUCCUCUGUUGUCAAGUUUGCGUUUAUCUCCAGUGGCUUCUGCGAGGGCCCAUCCUAGCUCAGAUCCAUUCGUAUGGAUCUAGCCAUCCUAGCAGUGGUUUAGAUGCCUUCAGUAUACAGCAGUGUGGCAUCUACAGGCCAUCGACGGAGCAGCAGCAAGCAGGACGGCAGCACAGAUAGUCCAUCUAAGAAGGAGACAAGCGGAUCCAGAUGGUCCGACAUUGCUUGCCUGGGCUCUAAUAAGAAGAAGCAAUACCUAUUUCUAGCGCCAUCGAAUCCAAACGGUGGGGACUUCCAGUCGUGCCCCUUGUCUCCGACUCCCCCAUGUCUUCUACUAGGCAGGCCAUUGCGCUCAAGAUGCCGUCUUUUGUUGCUCAGUGUCGGUGACAACCUAGAGGAUGAGGAAUACCUACUGGAUGAUGAUGGACAAUGGGGGCUGCACUCCGAGGACAAGAGGGUCAGUACUCAUCACUGAAAAACACUGCAAGGAAGGAUUGAUUGUCUUUGGCCAUUGCUCUAAGCUUACUAUCCAGGAUAUGUCUGCCACUACAAGGUUUCUAGGUUCUGUCUUCUGGUUGUUGCUGCAUUCUAAAGAAAUCUGCUAUGUAUACAUUAGCAAUAGGAACUCAGUUUGCUAAGGGAAAUGGAGUUAAAGUUUACUUCGCACAUCAGAGAUUAUUUUGUUUUCAAUAAAUAUAUAUAUGAACUUUUGCCAUGAGCUACUUACUAAGGUCUUCCCAUGAGCUACCUCGACGCUAGGGACUCAGCUCUCGCUAUUCUGGCAACCUGUCAGUUUCGUCGUGGAUGCCAAGCCUAUAAGGUUCCUAUAUAUAACAAUGAUGCCAAAACCGUAAGAGUCCUAGCUUAGAAAUGCGUGAGUACAUUUAACCAGGUUUAUGUGUAUCACUUUGUUCUUAUGAGUAACUUUUGCAUGAGAUUACUAUUUCUUAUUUUAAAACAACACGAGUUGUGUUUCCCAUAACUUUUUCCUGCAUUUAGCUUACUUUUGGUUGGUUUGUGACUGAUAUUGUUCAUAUUUUUCCUUAUAUUUGAGCUACAACAUUCUUCUGUUUUACAGUGCCUCACUGCCCCUCAUCCGUAGUCAUCUUCAAAACACCCUGGCUACGCUUAGAAAUAUUUUUACUACUGUAUCUGAAUGGCUCUUUGGUUGAAAACACCCUUUGUAAGCUCAUUUUUGUGCACUACCUAUUGCUUAUUAGUGAGAUGACAAAUGAUUGUGCAGUAGGCACCUGAGAUUACAUCUUACUAGGCAUGGUACAAUCAGCUUGGUGAUUCCAUCUUAUGGUAGAAUCAGCUCAGCAUGUACAAGUAUUGAUGUAAGCUUUACACCAUAAAUUUGCAUAGAAUUUGAGUAUUUCACUUGAAUCAGUUACCGGUACAUAGUUCAUAUUCUGAUUCCUUGGUGCUGCCUUUUUAUGUAGGUUGAAUAAAAUAAGCUACGACACUUGGUGGAAGAUAUCCUAGCUUUUAAAGAUCUUGAUCUAAGGAUGAUGUUACAAGAAGGAUCCCAAACCUAAGUGUAAUAAAUGGUUAUGUAAUUUAUGCUGAAUAAAAAAAUAUGACAAUUGCAGUGACUAUUUAAAUCUUACUAUAUGUGGAUGCUUCAAAAUUUGUAAUAUGGUGAUAGUGGCAAUGAUAUUGAUUAGUAUCUUCAAUCA